AUGGCCGACACGGAAAAUCAGUCUGAGGUUGAAAAUACGCCGGCGCCUGAACAAAAAGUAGAACAAAAGGAAAAGAAAGUUAUCGCAACCCGCGUUACAGGGACGGUAAAAUGGUUUAACGUGAAGAGCGGUUAUGGAUUUAUCAACCGCGACGACACAAAGGAAGAUGUUUUUGUUCACCAAACGGCCAUUGUGAAGAACAACCCAAGAAAAUAUCUACGUAGUGUUGGAGAUGGUGAAAAAGUUGAGUUUGACGUUGUUGAAGGAGAGAAGGGCAACGAAGCUGCCAAUGUGACAGGACCGGACGGUGCAAAUGUUCAAGGCAGCAAGUAUGCUGCUGACCGUCGUAGAUUCAGGAGAGGUGGUUGGUAUCCACCAUAUCGUGGGACCGGGCGAGGUGGCAGACCUAGACAGGUAAACUUCGAGGAAGAUGAGGGUGCCCUAGAGGAUUACCCUAGUCCAAGAGGCAGGGGACGGGGCAGACCUUUCUAUCAGAACCAACGAUAUUAUGGACCACCUCGCCGUGGUGGCAGCAGACAGUAUUUGGAGGACCAAGGAGAGUACCCACUGCAGCGAGAUCCAGGUUUUAGAGGUCGUCGUCCAUUCUACCGUCGCUACUACGGCCCACCUCCCACCAGAGGAGGCUACUAUGAAGGUUAUUAUGGCUACCAAGGAGGGCCUUCUAGGGGUGCCCCUCGACGGGGUCGUGGCGGCUUUCGCAGAGGCAGGGGGAGGAGGGGUGCUGGUGACAACUUGACACCUAAAGCUGAUUCCAGCAAUGACAAUGUGAAGUCCGAACCCUCUUCUACCACCGUCGAGAGCAAGGAUGACUGA